CGGAGUCGCGCGCCAGACUGAGAGUGAUAACUUGAUCGACCACACCGCACAUUGAAACUUGCAAAGCGCUUUACCCCGCUAUAUACGCUGCAAUCCCCCCACUACGUCCACCUCGCGCGCACCCUCUACCUCGCCCCGAAGUAGUCUACGCAAUGGGACUUGAAAAUGUGCGAAAUAUAAUCCUCGUCCUCUCCGGCAAAGGUGGCGUCGGCAAAAGCAGCAUCACAACACAAUUAGCCCUCACGCUAUCGCUGCAAGGACACACAGUAGGUGUGCUGGACAUAGACUUGACGGGGCCGAGUAUACCGCGCUUCUUUGGCAUCGAGGAGGCCAAAGUCAGGCAGGCACCGGGUGGAUGGGUGCCAGUUGAUGUGCAUACAAAGCAGACACUGCCAUCGCGGACCCAGACAAACGGGGAGGCAAAUGGGCAAGCGGGGCACGAAGUGGGAGCGCUAUCAUGCAUGUCCCUAGGCUUCUUGCUGAGGGACAGAGGGGAUGCAGUCAUCUGGAGAGGGCCAAAAAAGACGGCCAUGGUCAGGCAGUUCCUCACCGAUGUGCUGUGGCCGGAACUGGAUUACCUGCUCAUUGACACACCACCUGGGACGAGCGAUGAACACAUUUCGUUACUCGAAACCCUGCUCAAGAACACCUCGCCGACCCCGUCCGCCUCGCUACCGUUCCUCGCCGGCGCAGUCAUAGUAACAACGCCUCAAGCCAUUAGCAUAUCAGACGUCAAAAAAGAGCUCAAUUUCUGCCGCAAAACCUCGAUUCGCGUGCUAGGCGUCGUGGAGAAUAUGGCAGGCUUCGUGUGUCCGAACUGCUCCGAGUGCACCAACGUAUUCAGCAAAGGUGGUGGAGAGAUCAUGGCUCGAGACUUUGAGGUUCCCUUCUUAGGCAGUGUGCCGAUUGAUCCAGCGUUUGUGAUGCUGGUGGAGGAGGGUAUCAGGCCGCAGUAUCCCGAGGGGACCAAGAUUGAUGGCCAGGACUUGAGCCGGAGUGAGGAGCACAAUGGAGAUGGGAAAGCAGGGCUUUUCGUGGAUAAGUACCGGGACUGCUCGUUAUACCCCUUGUUCGAUGGAUUUGUGAGGAGGUUGUUGCAAGACCUUGGUAAUCGGACAUGACGAAAUUACGUGAACAAAUCAACUACAACAGUACCGAACAUCCCUAGUUUUGUGAUGAUGACGGUUUUGAAAUGAAGGAAAUGUCCGUG